AAAAUGUGUGAUGAGUUUGUAACAGAUUUUAAUAAACUUGAAGAUGAACUGAUAUAUACUAAAUUAGUUCAUGAUGGAACUUGGAAAGAGUCUGAAGAAAGUAUCGCAAAUGUAACUAAAGAAAUUCUUGGUGUUUUAAAAGAUAUUUGA